AAUGGGCGACUCAUGGAGAAUUGGCACGGGCUUAAUGCGGGGUCUCCCCCGCCGGAGAUCCGUGGAGGACCGGUCAUCUACCCGGCGGUCCAUCUUCUCCGGCUCCGGUGAACCUGUUGACGCUGACGACUUCGCUGACGUCUAUGGGGGCCCACCCAGAACCCUCCUUGCGCACAAAUUCUCGAGCUCCGGUUCGUUCUACGAGGAAAUUUUCCGGCCGCCGGAGUUCAUAUCUCCGGCGCAUGAGUGUGGCCGGAAUUUACCCGGGUUCAGGAUUCCGGCGCGAAACGAGGGGUUUUACAGCGACAUCUUCGGGUCGGAUGAUGACCGGAAAUCGAGAGAGAGAUCGGGGUCGCUGUCAAAGGCGAAUUCCUCAUCGGCACUAAGUUCCGAGGAGCUAAGCCCUUGCCGGCCGACGACCGGAGAUGACGUGGCACUGUCUGCUUUUACUUCAAAGCUGAGGCCAAUCAAUAUCCCAUGGAGAUGGAAUUCAUCCAUUAUGAUGCCUGAGGAACACCCAAGUAAACAUGGGGUGCCGCUUUUUCCAUGCAAUGGUCAGUCUUUUGAAAUUCAGUAUCAGGAUAAUGAAUACAAGGAGAACUCCAAAAGCUCCCAUUCAGGAUUCUCAAGAAGAGCCUCUUCCCCAGAAACCAUUAGUGUCGAAUCCAAUUCAUAUCAAAGCAUCAGAGUAUUCACUGAUGACUGGGAGCUCAAUUCCCCAUUUUCUGUUGUAUCCACGCUUUGUCAAGAACCUGAAGCAAAAUUUUCAGUUCAUGAUCACGUGCUUUCAGAACAAAAUAUAGAACAAGAUGACGACGAAGACGACAAUGACGAUGAUGAUGAACUUUUGGGCUCCUAUGUCAUAGAGGUCAACUCCAAUCUUAGAAGGGAAGAUUGUGUAGCAUCAGCCAUUGAUGAAGCAAUUGCAUGGGCCAAAGAGAAGUUUCAAUCACUAAACUCUGAUGAAGAAUCAAGCAUGAGAAAUGAUGGCAAUAAGCAAACUGUUGAAAUAGAAGGAAGCCCUGAUGCAAGUAAAUACCAUAAAGAUGGAAUCGGAAUAGUUCAACCUCCGAAGAAGCUACAGACAGACACUGAGAAGUUGGACAGAGAUAUAAGAUUGUGGUCAUCUGGCAAGGAAACUGACAUACGGUUACUGCUUUCGACUCUACAUCAUAUUCUAUGGCCUGACAGUGGCUGGUGUACUAUUCCUCUUACAAGUCUUAAAGAAAGCUCACAGUUGAAGAAGGCUUAUCAGAAAGCAAGAUUAUGCCUGCAUCCAGACAAACUGCAGCAAAAAGGAGCAACACUCCUACAGAAGUACCUAGCCGGGAAGGCUUUUUCCAUGCUUCAGGAUGCGUGGGCAGCAUUCAUUUCUGAAGAAGUUUCCUUUUAACCAGUGGAUGACUUCUUGAUAACUCAGUUUUGUGUUGAAAGUCGUGGACAAACACCAAGCUAGACAUUUGGAAUGACGAAAGUGUUUGUUGACAUGCACAGCGUAUACACGCUAAAUGCAUGAAAUUUGAAAACAUCAGCUCCUUUGUAUAAAUAGUUACUGAUGGAUCUACUGUUUCAUGUUUGUAUCAUAAGUUGCUUGAUGCUUUAUU